UGACGACAUACUUGAACAAUGGUUGUUUGCCUGUCCUUAAUGGUAUUUCAGACAUUUUAUGAAUGCAGAGAGAUGAGAUGGGACCGAUGGAAAGCGACUGCAAUAGACCUUUGGCCCAUUGCUUCUUCACUGCGCUGUCACGUGGAUGUCCACUGCCAGCCUUCACUUCCAAAUGUCCUCAGUGCUUCGUGACAAUUUGCCUUCUGGGUCAUCCUGUGUAACAGCGGGCAAGACAGCUCUCCAGGGCAUCCUCAGAUCGUCUUGGGAAGGGAGAAAGGAUGACAGCGAUGGAUCACCAGUUCCCUUCCUGGAUCUUUGUCAAUGAGAGGACAUUCAUAACCAGGGAACAACUCAAUUCUUUACUGGAGGCUUACAAUGUUUUCUAUGAAAACCAGAAAAAUCUGCAUAUAUUAUAUGGGCAGACCGAAGAUGGACAGCUGAUUGUUGAAGGGAUGCUGGACAUUUUCUGGGGAGUCAAGCGACCCAUACAGCUAAAAAUACAAGAUGAGAAGCAAAUCUCUUCCUUUGACCUGUUGAAGUCAGCGGAAACCUUUUCCAGCAAAGGGAGGAUGACUCGCUGGGGAGAAUUUGAUGAUCUUUAUCGUAUCAGUGAGCUGGACAGGACCCAAUUUCUAGCAUCAGAAGCCAGGCAUUCCCCGGAAGACUAUUUAUCUUACCACAGCACUCUGAAGCCAUACGCAGAGGAAGAGCCAGAAUCCCCACUGCUCUACAGGACCAUGAGUGAGGCAGCUUUGGUGAGAAAAAAGAUGAGGGCCCCGGAGACAUACAGAAAAGAUAGGAUGGGAAUGCUAAAGAGCCACCGAGCCUCUAUCAACGGGCACUUCUAUGACCAUGAGACAUCCAUCUUCACCCCGACCUUCGGAUCAGAGACUAAGGUCAGAGCCAAUAGUAUCAUGAAAACUGAAGAAGUAAUAAAGCAACUUCUCCAAAAAUUUAAGAUUGAAAAUAGCCCUCGGGAUUUCGCUCUUUACAUUAUUUUUGGGACAGGAGAGCAGAGAAAGCUAAAAAAGACGGAUGUCCCACUGCUGCAGAGGCUAAUACAAGGACCAUCCAAGAGCAACGCUCGAAUCUUCCUCAUGGAUAAAGACGCGGAAGAAAUCAGCAGUGAUGUGGCUCCAUACAUUAAUUUUCACUUUUCGUUCUUGGAAUCCAUCCUUCAAAGAUUAGAUGAAGAAGAGAAAAUAGAGACUGAGAGGAUAAUGGCAAAAUUCAAUACCGAAAGAGCCUUCAUACUGAAGUGUCUUCAGAGUAAACAGACAGCGAAAACGGAGACCACAGUUUAGAAGCGCAGCAGCUCCUGCUAGGAAGCCCCUCCUGAACGGUGUCAGAGGGGGCACCGCUCAAUCAGUGUACGGUCCGUGCUGCACCCUAUUAUGUGUGACCCUGAAGCUUUGGGGAACUGAACGCCGAGCCGCCUGCUUUCUCUUUGAAAUACUGAGGUUGGCUGCAGUUCAGAGUUGGACCAAGGCAAGAUGGGACUUCGUUUUAGUAACUGAAGAAGCUGGCACACUGCGUAUUCCAAAUGUCAUCGAUAGCAAACUCUCGAGUGAGCUCAGACAGAAGUGGGCUCUGCUCUUAUCACGUGGUUUAAACUCGUUUUAUCUUGCACUCUUAAAAGAGCCAAGAUACUCGCUGACUCGUAAAUGACGGGAGGUCAACAUUUCCAGUUCUUGAUGUCAACAAGAAACACAAUUCUCAAGCCAUUAGGGGUCUGAACGGACCAUGUUUUACAGCUGGGUAAACAUUUGAGCAUUUUCAUCAAAUUUAGACAUAGACCUACAAGGGCUGACGAUUCUUAACUCUGUAGUAUCAGAGCUACUUAACCUUUUAGAAUAAAAUGUCUUUUGAUUGUAUAAAGAAACCUAAACUCGAGACUGGAGAGGUAGCUAAGUGGUUAAGAACAUUGGGACCCAGAAAACCCGGGUUCAGUUCCCAGCACCUACAGGGCAACUGGCAAUCAUCUGCAGCUCCUGUUCUAGAGAAUCUGAUACCUAUCUAUGUGGGCACUGCAGGCAUGUGAUGCACAGACACACAGGCAGGCAAAAUAGCUAUACAUGUAAAAAAAUAAAUAUUAUUAAAAACAACAAA